AUGACAUCACCAAUUAAGACCAAUACCAAACCAAAAUCAUCUAUGAAAAUAGAUAAUGCACCAACCCCACACAAUACCCCUGCUAGUGUUUUAAAUAACAGUUAUUUGAGAAAUGGAAAUCCAGUUAAAAGCAAUAAUGAUAUUCCAACCACAAUUAGUGAAGAAGAUUUGCAAAGCGCGUUAGAAAAUGUUAGUUUGGAAGAGAAGAGACAUGCAAUUAAAGAGGGAAAUCCAUUAAAUGAUCCAAAUGUUUCUAGUCUUUUAUUUCAAUCUAUUCAAGACAAGCUAGGUGAUUUGAUUGGCACAGACAGUGGAUAUUUGGACAAUUUGUCGAAUUCUGUUAAGGAAAGGAUCCUAGGUUUAAAAAGUUUGCAAGUUGAUUUAUAUGAUUUAGAGAAACAGUUUCAGAUUGAAAUGUUUGAACUGGAGAAUAAAUAUUUAAACCUUUAUAAACCUUUGUACGAAAAGAGGUUUGAAAUUGUUAAUGGUUUGAAAGAACCAACAAAGGAGCAAAUCAUGAUUGGACAGGAAAAUGAAGACAGAAUAGAAAUAUCUUCGGAUAACUAUAAGGAUAAUAAGAGUGAUAAUGAAUCUAAGGAUACUGUUAAAGGUAUUCCUGCAUUUUGGUUAACAGCAUUAGAAAACUUGCCUAUUGUUAAUGAGACAAUUACAGAUCGUGAUGCAGAAGUAUUAAAUUAUUUGGAAGAUAUUAGAAUUGAAUAUCUAACUGAGGGAAAACCAGGAUUUAAAUUAAUCUUUAAAUUCAAUACUAAGGAAAAUCCAUUUUUCACAAAUGAAUAUUUAGUCAAGACUUAUUAUUACCAAAGUGAGUUGGGCUAUUCUGGUGAUUUCAUAUAUGACCAUGCGGAAGGUGAUGUCAUUAAUUGGACCAAUAAUGCAUCUAAUGUUACUGUUGAGGUAGAAAUGAGAAAGCAAAGAAAUAAGACAACAAAACAAGUUCGUACUAUUGAGAAAUUAACACCAAUUGAAUCCUUUUUCAACUUCUUUGAUCCACCAAAGAUGAAUAUUAAUGCCAACGGUACCAAUGAUGAGGAUGAGGAUGAAGAUAGCGAUUUAGAAGCAAGAUUGGCAUUGGAUUAUUCUAUUGGUGAACAAUUGAAGGAUAAAUUGAUCCCAAGGGCUGUAGAUUGGUUUACUGGUACUGCUUUAGAAUUCGAAUAUGAUGAAGGCGUAGAAGAUGAAGAAGAUUAUGACGAAUAUGAUGAAGAUGAACAAGAAGGAGAUGACAACGAUGAUGAUGAUGAGUCGGAUGAUUUUGCACAAACAUCUACUGGAAAAGCAGGUCAAGAAGCUCCAGAAUGUAAACAAUCAUAG